AUGCCCGCGAACCCCUUCCUCCUCGCCGCCGACAACCCCGCGGCCCUGCUGCCCCUCCUGCGCGAGCAGCCGCAGCUCGCCAGCCAGCAGGACGAGCACGGCUACUCGCUCGUCCACGCGGCCGCCAGCUACAACCACCUCGACCUGCUGCGCGCCCUCGUCAGCGACUUCGGGGCGCCCGUCGACCUGCGCGACGAGGACCGCGAGACCGCCCUGUUCGUCGUCGAGACCGUCGAGGCCGCGCGGUGCCUGGUCGAGGAGCUCGGGCUGGACCCGGCGAUCGCGGGCGACGAGGGCAAGACGGCGAGGCAGAAGAUACAGGAGGAGGGCGACUUCCCGCUGGUGGCGGAGUACCUGGCGGGUCUGGAGCAGGGGUCCGUUGCUGGCACGGUGAACGGAGCUGCCGCGACGAAUGGCACACCAUCAUCAACAACAACAACAACUGGCGAGACGUCUGCGCCGGCGAUGGAGCUCCCGCCGGUGCCGGAGGGACUGGCCGUGACCAUGGGUACCAUGGCCGAGCCGCAAGAGGUCGCUGACCUGCCGGAUCCCGAGUUCCGCAGGAGGAUCGAGCAGCUGGCGGAGCGCGAAGACUUCCACACGCCCGAGGGCCAGGCCGAGUUGCGGCGGCUGGUGCAGGACGCCAUUGCGGGCGAGGAUCUGGCCGAAGAUCGCAAUGUCCGGCAGCGACAGGAGUGA